AUAAUUAACGAAGCGGUAUAUUUUUUUUAAAAGAUAAGAUUGAUAAGAUAUUGAAUAUAAAAGGUAAUUUUUCUAUGCCGUAUAUUUAAUAUAUUAAAUUAUAUAAAAUGUAUCGUGUUGUAGCUUCUUUUUUGUUUGCAUUUUUUGUUAUAGAAGUAUUAACAUGUAGUAAGAAUGAAACGAUGAGCCUGUGUGGAAAGAUGUGUUUACCAACUUGUGAAAAUCCUCAUCCAAAUACUAAGUUCUGUCCGCAUACGCAAUGCACGAAUCUAACUGCUGCCUGUAGAUGCAAGACUGGAUAUGUCCUUGAUACAAAAUGCACCCAGAAAUGUAUAUUACAAUGUGAUUGUCCAAAAACAACAUAAAAAAAUAAAUAAUUUAAGUAUAAAUGUAUUAAAUGUAUCUUUACUUAUAUCAAUAUAAAUAUUGAUGUAUUAAAUAUAAAAUAUCCAUUAACAACAACAA